UCAUCCAGGAACUGUGGAUACACGGCAAUAAAAUCUGCGGACUUGGGAUGAAGGGCUUUAAGCUUAUUGCCGCACAAAAUGCAGCUUAGUGACGGCGAUCUGGUAGUGGCAAGCAUUGAGCUGGACAAAACCAGCUUUUGGGUAGCCUCUGCCUACAUGGCCCAUGACAAGGACGUGCCACCAGAUGGGUUUCGGACCUUGGCCGAGGAAGCAGCCUUCAAGAACAAACCACUGGUUGCCUCCUGCGACGCUAAUGCCCACAACUUGAUGUGGGGGAGUACGGACACGAAUGCUAGAGGUGAGUCGUUACUAGACUUCAUUCUAGGGAACAAACUUGGUGUCUUGAAUUUAGGCUCAGAGCCGACCUUCAUAACAAAGAGUAGAGAGGAAGUUUUGGACAUAACUCUGGCUUCAGACAUGUUUGCCCAUAAAAUCAAGAGAUGGAGAGUACUGAAGGAAAAAUCGUAUUCUGACCAUCGUUAUAUUGAAUUCGAAAUAGAUCUUAAGACCCCCCAAGUAAGGGAGUUCAGAAAUGUUAGAAAUACCGACUGGUGGGUUUACAAUAAUAAAUUAAGGACUUUACUGCCAAAGAUACCUCCCCGAGACCCCGCCACGCAGGUGGAGCUGGAUGGGUUGGUUAAUCAGGUUACUAAAGCCAUGAAUAGUUCUUUGUCAGCCGGGUGCCCGGUUGUUCGAUACAGGGGAAAAAGCAAACCACCUUGGUGGUCGAAACAAUUAUCCUUGUUACGUGAAUCUAAUAGGUCAAUGUUCAACAAGGCCAAAGCCACGAGAGCACCAGAGGACUGGGAAGCCUACAAGGCUGAUCUGAAAAUAUACAAAAAAGCAGUUAGAACUGCGAAACGUAAAUCCUGGCAAAGUUACUGCAAGGGAAUUGAGGAAACCACGGAAGCGCCCAGAUUAAGAAGAAUUCUCGCAAAGUCGCCAUGCAACCUUGGCUAUCUCAAGGGUCAAGGGAACUCAUGGACUACGACGAGCGAGGAAUCUUUAGGUCUCCUCCUGGACACACACUUCCCUGGAAACAAGCCGGUGGAACCUAAUGACCCCCAGAAUGAAUGGGGGCUAUCUGAUCUGGGAAACCGACUGAUUACAAACGAAAAAAUUGAAUGGGCUAUUAAGACUUUUGGUCCUUACAAGUCACCGGGACUUGAUGGAAUACACCCGGUAGAGCUACAGCAAUCACGGGAGAGGAUAGUGGAUGAUUAUGUACGGGGCGUGAUACCAACAAGUAGGCUCUCCCCAGCGCAGCAUGCCUAUACGAAAGGCAAAACCACGGAAACCGCCUUGCACUCGCUCGUUCGGUUGGUGGAAAGAAGUUUAUUCGACAAAGAGUACGCUCUGGUUGCCUUUGUAGACAUAGAAGGCGCCUUCAACAAUAUUAACGCAAGCGCCAUAACGGGUGCCUUAGAAGAGCUUGGAGUUGACCAGAAUGUGGCGGUGCUGAUCGAGUCUAUACUUGUCAGCAGGACGAUAACCGCUAAGCUCGGCAACACCACAAUAAGCAGAAAGCUGUUGAAAUUUCGUGCUGGCAGUAUUGCUUUUGUUGAGGAUUUGGUGUUUUUACUAUUGCCAUGGAUGAUAUUAACGUGA